AUGGAGAACUUCAUUCUGUAUGAGGAGAUUGGAAGAGGAAAUAAGACAGUUGUUUAUAAAGGAAGAAAAAAGGGGACAAUUAAUUUUGUUGCCAUUCUUUGCACUGAUAAAUGCAAAAGAGCUGAAAUAACAAACUGGGUUCGUCUGACUCAUGAAAUCAGACACAAGAAUAUAGUGACUUUUCAUGCAUGGUAUGAAACAAGCAACCAUCUCUGGCUUGUAGUGGAAUUAUGCACAGGUGGUUCUCUAGAAUCUGUUAUUGCUCAAGAUGGUCAUCUACCUGAAGAUGUAGUGAGAGAAUUUGGUGUUGAUUUGAUUACUGGUUUAUACCAUAUUCAUAAGCUUGGAAUUAUCUUUUGUGAACUGACGCCUGGAAAGAUUCUGCUGGAAGGGCCUGGCACUUUGAAAUUCAGUAAUUUUUGCUUGGCUAAAGUGGAUGGUGAGAACUUGGAAGAAUUUUUUGCUUUAGUUGGAUCUGAAGAAGGAGAUGUCAGUGAAAGCACUCAGCAAAGAUACCUGAAAAAUAGAUUUCGAGGCUCUCCAUUAUACACAGCACCAGAAGCAAUAAAGGGAGAGGACUUCUCCAAAGCCAGUGAUCUGUGGUCCUUGGGAUGUUUACUUCAUGAAAUGUUCUCAGGAAGACCACCAUUCUUCUCAGACAGCUUAUCUGAAUUAAUUGAAAAGAUUUUAUAUGAAGAUCCAUUGCCACCUAGACCAGAGGGUUCUGCUUUUCACAAACCUUCUGCUGAGUUCAUUAAUUUGCUUGAUGGCUUGCUUCAAAAGGAUCCUCAGAAAAGGCUGAAUUGGACAGACCUAUUGCAGCAUCCAUUCUGGAAAGGAUCCCUUAGCCAUUGUGGUGGUGAUUCUGUAGACAGCCAAGGCACAAGCUCAAGCAGUGAAGACACAGUCUCAUCAGUGUUUUGGAGUGCCAAAGAGCCAGUGGAUACUCAUAAAAAUCUAGAUAACCUGUCAUCCUCAAGAGUAGAUAAUAAGCUACCAAGAAAUUCUUUCAAAAGAGAAACUCAGACUGAAUUGCGCCCCAGAAGUUCAGUUGAUGGUGAAUCAAAUGAAUCCAUGUUUCUUCUCAGUUCUCGUCCCACACCUAGAACAAGCACUGCAGUAGAAGUAAGUGAUGCUACUACUGCCCCAAUCCAAAAUUCUCCACAAAGAGACUCAUGUUUGAAAAAGGCUAAAAGUAUGUGCUCAAGUCAGCAGGAUAUGGAGUCAACAUUGAAAGAGCUCAUUUACACUGAAUCUGAUCUUAUCAUAACGCCAAUCAUUGACAAUCCAAAGAUAAUGAAGCAAGUACCAGUUAGAUUUGACUUGAAAACUUUACAUAUACCGACAUACUCAGCUGAGAAGUUAUCAUCUAUGAAAGACAUGGACUGGAACGACUUCUUGCAGCGAGUAUGUUCACUGCUUGAUUCCACUGAGAAGAAUACAGGAGCAGCACGUUCUAAACUGAACUUGCUCUACUACCUGUGUACUGUGGCUGUCCACAAGGAAAUUGCAAGCAGGUUAAUUAGCUCUCAGCUGUUUCCUGUGUUGAUACAGCAGCUGCGUGUAGCCGCCAACUGGGAUAUACGUGCCAAAGUUGCUCGAGUGAUUGGUUUACUGGCAUUACAUACUUCUGAACUUGGAGAAAAUGUACCUGUUUCUGAGGCAAUUAUACUUUUAACUGAACUCAUCAGAGAAAACUUCAGAAAUAGUAAAUUGAAACAAUGCCUUCUACCUGCACUUGGGGAGCUUCUUUACCUUAUAGCCAGUGAGGAGGAAAAAAGGGAGCACCCCAGAGAAUGCUGGGUUGUUCCCUCGGCUGCUUACACUGUGCUAAUGAGGUGUCUUCGGGAAGGGGUAAGACUCUUUCAUAAAGUCCUCAGUAGAAUUUUUCCACA